AGUUUGCAAAUGACUUUUGAUUACUGCGUGCAAUUUGAAACAGGCUAUGUUGCUUUAACUACUUUUGAUCAAAUGAACUCACCGAAGAGCUGACGUGUUCAAUGACAUGAAUGUAGUAUUUUUGUCCGGUGUACCAUCAAUUGCAAUCUAGGUCACUUUUACUCGUCUCGAGUGAGAGCUAGAUUGAAGAUAUAACUACUUGAUUUGUACUCGGAAAAACAUCUUGCAACAAGUUUUAGCACAAUGAUCUCAUAAUCAAAUGCUUUUUCUACCAACCGUCUUUUGACCUCAAAGUUCAACAGAAUAUGGUAACUGUUAAACAUGAAUUGACUUCCAUGUAACUUGUUAUACUAAUUCAAACCUGUUGGCUUUUCCAACCCUCUGACUCGUUUUUUGCAUUAUUUUCGUUUCGACUUCUAUGCUCCACUUUUUCCUUGUGUUAUUGUUAGUCAGCUGAUGUGGUGCAGAAACCCACAUCAAAACAACAAGUAUAAAAAAAGAAAAAAGCGUCUAAAAAAAAAGAGGGCCAAGCCGGACCAACGAAAGCACACAUAUCCAAUUCCCGGCUCAUAAUGGAGGAAGAUAAUAAGGAAUAUCGAUGGGAAACAGGAUAUGAAAAGACAUGGGAGGCCAUAACGGAGGAUGCGGAUGGCCUGGUCGAGGUGUCCGUCCAGGAACUGAUCCAGAAAGCUCGACGCAAACGCAUGAACGAGAAAUUCGGCAAAGGCGUCAAAUUGGGCAUGAUGCGACAUCUCUUUGUCGUCCUGGACAUGUCCGAAUGCAUGAACAACCAGGACCUGAAACCCACUCGACUCCGAUGCUGUUUGAAACUGCUGGAGAACUUCAUCGAGGAGUUCUUCUACCUCAAUCCCAUCAGUCAACUGGGCGUCAUCACGACCCGGAACAAACGAGCCGAGGUCUACAGCGAGCUCACGGGCAACCCCAAACGCCAUGUUGAGUCGCUGAAGAAGCUCAUCGAAGUUCAAUGUGCGGGCGAGCCGUCCUUGCAGAACUCCUUGGACACGGCCAUUCAAACCUUGAGACACAUGCCCGGUCAUGCCAGUCGGGAGCUCUUAAUCAUCAUGGGCAGUUUGACCACGUGUGAUCCAACCGAGAUUGAUGUCACUUUGCAGACGUGUAAGCAACUUAAUAUCCGCUGUUCCGUGAUUUCCUUGGCGGCCGAGGUAUGAUUUUUUUGUGUAUAUUUUGUCUGACGCAUCUUUAAGUGGCUGACCAAAGUCACGGGCGGGGAUUUUUCCGUCAUCCUGGAUGAUUGUCAUUUUCGAGACUUGCUCCAAGGUCACUUGGAACCUCCUCCUUCCGCGGCUGCGGCCGAAUCCUCCCUUAUCAAAAUGGGCUUUCCUUGCCAUUCAGGUCAGAACGAGUCGGACUCAUAUUCCGGGCUGGGAUUAUGCAUGUGUCAUUUAGACGUGGGCAACGAACCCAAACUGAGCAUCUCGGGAUUCUUGUGUCCUCAGUGUCAUGCCAAGUAUUGCGAGUUGCCCGUGGAGUGCAAGUCUUGCAACCUCACAUUGGUAUCGGCUCCCCAUUUAGCGCGAUCCUACCAUCAUCUCUUCCCGUUACCAGCCUUCAUUGAAGUUUCGCUUGAGGAUUUGGCUGCCAUGGCCGUGUCAGGGAAUUGCUUCGCGUGUAACAAGUUGUUCCAAUCCCCCCGUGAUAAGACAGUAUUCAAGUGCCCGAGUUGCUUGCGGUUGUUUUGCUCAGACUGUGAUAUCUUCAUUCACGAGACUUUACACAGUUGCCCUGGAUGUGCCAGUCGUCAUCCGACCGCACACAACACUAACGGGACCACACACCGUUAAGAAGCGUGCUGGCUGUUCAAAUGGAACCAAGAUUGAAUCCACUUCGGCUAAAUAUAUGGAACGGUUUCAUUCUUCGUUAGAACCGAACAUGGAUGUGAAUUCAUGGCCAAUGAUUUCUUACCCUUCUGCGACGGGAUCAUAAGAUCAUGACUUGAUUUAUUUAAUUCUUUGUUGCUUAAGUAACAUGAAGCAGGUCUGUCAUAGUCUGAAACGCAGGUCUGGUGCUCCAAAUUGUCGACAUUACGAAACAAGGAAUAUUGAGCCGUUACUUACGGCUUCAAAAACCUUCUAAAUUGGAACAAUUUCGUAGAUUUAAAGCGUGAUAAAUCAGUCACAAUUGUGUGCCUAAAAGGUCUAAAAUCAAAUUCAAUAAAAAAAAUAUUGAGA